GGUUUCUAAGCCGUCAGCUACUACACCCACUGCUCCGCGAGGGGAUUGACUGACUGCGCCACGAAAUGUCGGUUGCUACAUCACCACGAAAUUACACGUAGUUGUAGACCUCAUCCCGGUCGCCACUGAUACUGCUGAUGAAUAUGAAAAGAGAGAGGGGAGAGAAAGACAUUGUAAAUAUGUGGGGAAUUCAGAGCUCUUCUUUCCAGAGUGAAAACCUCGCCCAGCAACAUUUCCAGCACAUUAUGACCUGCUGCGUAAGAAGAAGCCAUUUUGAAAAUGAGAACUGCAUAGAAGCCAUUAACACAGUUGAUAAAUCAGGUCGCUUUUGAGAAAAGAGGAACAGGGAGACAUGUCUGCAAACCCCAAAAAUGCGCUGCUUUUGUUAUCAUAAAUAGGGCAUCUCCUGACACACGGAUUGCAUUUUCUUAAUAUUGUAAGUUUUUAAUAUCUGGUGACAUUUUAAGUUAACAUUUUAAAUUAACAUGUUGUAAAAUAUUUCUAAACACAUGUAUGGCUUUUGUGUUUAACUUUAGGGGUAACAAAACGCUUAAUUGUUUAAAAAGGGGGAAAUACAAAGAAAAAAUCAGAAUCAUUUAAAGGCAGAACAAGUUAAUAAUCCUGAGACUGACAUUUUCACACUACUUUUUACUUGGACAUAACCAUUUAGCCAACACAUAAAUGAAUUACCUUAAAUGGAAUCAGAUGUCCAUAUCAUAUCUUAAAAAGACGCGCAAUUGUUUGCCUUGCUAUCUUUGCAAUGAUGAACGUUACGCGUUUGACUCCAGCUUUGCCUGCCACCAGGAAGGGGGGAAGCACGUUUGCAUAUUACUGCUCUCACAAAUACUGCUUGGAGAUUUUCUGCAUUUUUUUGGUGGUCAGGGACGUUCGGGUUGCGUACGUUUUAAAUGAUCUCACGAGAAGUUAUUUUUCAAUCUCUUGUUUUUUAGGAGAGUCAUCCCCACCCACCUUAAAACGCACACCCCGUAAUAAUGGAUCCGAAGAUGAGAGAGACAAAGUUCCUUUUUCUUCAGCGUGUAGGCCUGAUAAUUAAAUCCCAUCAAAAUGUUCAGGUUUGGCGAACGGAAUGGAAAGCAAUCACUCAGUCUGCAGUUCGGGUGAGAAACGAAUUCACCAUUGGAGAAGUUACAAGUUGAUUAUUGACCCAGCAUUGGAAAAGGGAUCGCAGAAACUCUACCGCUACGAUGGACAUACGUUUAACAUACCAAACACCGGGAUGCCUACCGUGGAUACCCUGAGAGACCCGAGAAUCGGUCGUCUCAGGAACAAGUACAAGGAGACCGAUCUGCCUGUUCCGAAGUUUAAGGUUGACGAAUGUUACGUGGGACGUGUACCCCCGAAGGAGGUGACAUUCGCCAAACUCAACGACAACAUUAGAGAGGAUUUUCUGACCGACAUGUGCAAGAAGUUCGGGGAGAUAGAGCAGGUGGAGAUUCUUUACAACCCUAAGAACAAGAGGCAUUUGGGAAUCGCUAAAGUGGUGUUUGGCUCUGUGAAGUCUGCAAAGGAUGCCGUGCAAAAUCUUCACAACACUUCUGUCAUGGGGAAUAUUAUCCACGUGGAACUGGACCCCAAAGGUGAGCAGCGCCUGCGCUACUUCCAGCUGCUGGUCGAUGGCGUGUGCACACCACUCACAUUACCCGUGGGGGCAGAGGAGCCUCGAGACCCGUCCCCAGGUAGCCUGGCCGACAUCAUCCAGGUGUGUGAGACAGUGAAGAGGCUCUCGGAGGGCAUCGUCACCCCGGGCAGCGUGGGCACACCCCUAUCCCUGGACACGGCCUUCUCCAGCCAGCGGCAGGACACGCCCAGCAGCUUUGGCCACACCUCCCAAUCGCAGGGCACACCGCACACACCGCGCAGUGCAGGCACACCCUUCUCCCAGGACUCCGCCUACUCUAGUCGGCAGAACACGCCCACGUACAAGUCGCGUCGCCAUGACACCAGGUUCCAGGAUGCUUACAACCGCCGGCCGGAACACCACUAUGUACACCGUGGGGCGGAGCCACCGCGCAAGCCCCACCCUCCCCCGCCAGAGCCUGCAGCCCCGCCCAUCCCCCAAACCCCACCCCCUCCCGCCUAUAAGCCUGCCUACUCCCCGUACCAGGCCCCGCCUCCUCCAGUUUACACCCCUACGGACGCUCCCUUCCCCCCUCCACAGCAGGACUACUGCAGGCCGCCACCCCCUCACCCUGCUGAGCCCCUCCCACGGACUCCUCCCACCCAGGACAAGCCAGAGACCCCUCCCCUCCCUGAGCCUCCGCCUGCCCCUGAGCCCCACCCAGUCACGCCCCCCCCAGUGACGCUGGAGCGCUGCCCUUCCCCGGGCGCUGCCCCGGACACGCCCACGCUGGAGGCGGAGCAUCACAGCCUGGACUCGCGCAUCGAGAUGCUGCUGAAGGGGCGGGUCCGCAGGCCCAGGCUGCCCUUCCUCGGGGAGGGCGAGUGGGAGGGGCCUCCGCACAUGGAGGGCAGUCCCGUCUCUUCCUGCUCCUCCCAUCUCUCUCUGCCCCGCCUCCCCAGCCCUAGCCUGGAGGACGUCAGCCCCACCCCCCUGCCCGACUCCGACUCCGACACCGACGAGCCCACCCCGCCCUGCCCCGCCCCGGCUCCCUCAGAGCCACACCCCUUGACACAGGCUGACUCGGCCGACGCUAAGGAUACAGAGAACCACACGCCCGCUGACAAAAUGGAGGGCGGCUCCUCUUCUGGUGAAGAUAUGGAAAUCUCUGACGACGAGAUGCCCGGCACCCCCAUCGCCGGGGGCGACUGCGCUGAGGGCAUUGUGGUGAACUCCGCCCCCCCGUCCAUCCCCAUCCCGCCCCCAGGCUUCCCGCCCCUCCCCCCUCCCCAGACGGGCUUCCCCCUGCCCCCGCCCCCCCACUUACCCCCGAUGUUGCCCCCGCUGCCCCCCCACCCGCCCCCGUUCCCGCCCGGCCCGCUGCCCCAGGGGGGGUGCUUCCUGCAGUGGGGGGGCGGUCACAUGUCCUUCCAGAUGCAGACACAGAUGCUGAGCCGCCUGGCCCAGAGCCAGCACCCCUCCUACCCCUACCCCCCCUUCCCGGGCGGGCUGCCCUACGGGGUGCCGUACGGGGCGCCGCCCUGGCAGGCCCCCGCCCUGCCCCACUUCAACCCGGCCGUGCCGCCGCCGGGGUACGAGCCGCAGAAGGACGACCCGCACCGGGCCACGGUGGACGCCGUGCUGGGCGUCAUCGUCAAGGAGCUGAAGGCCAUCAUGAAGAGGGACCUCAGCCGCAAGAUGGUGGAGGGCGUGGCCUUCCGCACCUUCGACGAGUGGUGGGACAGGAAGGAGCGCCUGGCCAAGGCGUCUGUGACCCCGGUGAAGAGCGGGGAGGCGAGGGAGGAGGAGAAGGAGAGGGCGCGGCCGAAGGAGCCUGUGAGGUCCAGCCCGCUGGAGACCUGGAAGCAGGGGGAGGGGCUUGGCUUCGAGGGGCUGGGCCUGAGCAUGGGCCUCCGCGGGGCCAUCCGCCUGCCCUCCUUCAAGGUGAAAAGGAAGGAGCCGCCCGACCCCGCCUCCGCGGGGGAUUCCAAGAGGGCGCGGCCGUCCACGCCCGCAGAGGAGGACCUGGAGGAUGAAGAAGCUUCCAGAAAGGAUGACGAGGGCGGGGCUUUUAGACGGAGACCCGGUCGCCCACUGGAGCUCGACAGCGAGGGAGAGGAGGAGGACGAGGAGGAGACCUCUGGGAAGGAGGAGACUUCAUCGGACAAGGAGGAGGAGCCAGACGAGCUGAGAGGCUCUGAUAGGCUGUCCUGUGGAAAGGAGGUUGAGGUAGACGAGGAUGAGGAUGACGAACUGGACUCUGACGCCAGCGAGCGGGAGGAGUCGGACUCCUCAGAUGAAGACGCUGCCAGCUCUGCCUCGUCCAAGUCCGACUCCAGCUCCUCCAGAGACAGCGACGACUCCUCCAGCUACAGCUCCAGCUCCGAGGAGGAGGAGGAAGAGGAGGAGGAGGAAGACGAGGAAGAGGCGGUGGACGUGGAGGACGAAGGGGAGGAAGACGAGGGGCCUCGAACGUCGUCGUCGUCGUCGUCUGCUUCUUCGUCGUCGUCGUCAUCGUCUGAAGAGGACGAGGCGGAGCUUAAAGCCUUAAGCUCUCCCAUGGCCCCACCCUUUUCUGAAGAGCCAUCCACUUUGGAUUUGCUAGAGGGCGUAGGAGAGGAGGCGGAGCUUGACCGAGAGAUUUACGGUGGGUCAGCCCUGAAAGGGGAGGAGUCCAUGCUGCGGGGCCACGCCCACCAAGAGCGCAAUUUCCUGCCCCCAUCUCCUAAUGGAAUACCAGCUGAGGAUGCGGAGCUGCAGAUGGGGGUGCCCGUCCGCAAAGGGCCGCCUCUGGAGGACGUGGGGUACUCGCGGCCCCUCACGCCCACGGGCCUGCUGCCCGAAUUCCCCCCGCCGCCCCAGCCCAAGAGCGGGGCCGAGGAGGGGCGACCCCGCACCCCCGGCCGAGACGCGGACACGCCCCCCGCCGCCAGGCCCCUCCCCCCGGCCUUCGCGGCCCUUUUCCUCCCUGGCCGCCGGCACACGGAUGAGGACGUCCCCCCCGCCGGUGUGGGGCGGGGCCCCGAGGGGGUGCCAGUGACGCCGGGGGGAGAGGCCCCGCCCAGGGGGCUCACCCUAACUCUGGUGUCCCCCAACGUCCCGGCCAGCCCCUUCUGCUACCCAUCGCAGUCGCCCGGGGUGAGCGCGGGGGCCCCCCGGACCCCCGGCAGGGACUUCAGCUUCACGCCCACCUUCCCCGACUCCACCCCCCUCCCCCUUUUUAGGAAGGGUUCGGCCGACGGCUGGGAGGAGAGGCUCCUGCUCAGAGAGCCCGCCCCCGGCCCUGACCGCGCCCCCGCAGCCCCGCCCACCACCUACUCUACAGACCCCACCCCUCCCAAGAGGAAGCCGGGGAGGCCCAAAAAGUCCCCGCUCCUCAUGCCCCCCACGACCCCGGACCUGGGAGGAGCCGAGGUGCGGACCCUCCCCCCCGUCCAUCCCGCCAUGAGGGACUCGCUCCCGGAAGCCACGCCCACGCCGGCGUCCCUGGACUUCAGGGAAGGGCGGGGCGUGGCGGAGGGCUUCCUGCCGCUGCGGGAGCUGGAGAACGUGCUGCCGCCGGACGGGAAGGGGGCGGAGCCGGAGGAGGCGCGCAAGCCGGCGCGGCGGGCGCGGCGGCGGUGGGAGGAGCUCCUGCUCAGCGCGCACUCCCCCGUGCACUCCCCGCCCCGCCCGCGGUUCCACCCCCGCUCGGAGUUCGAGGAGAUGACCAUCCUGUACGACCUGUGGAACGAGGGCAUCGACGAGGAGGACAUCCGCCACCUGCGGGUGACGUACGACAGGAUGCUGCUACAGGACAGCGGCCAGGACUGGCUCAACGACACGCUGUGGGUGCCCCACCCUCCGACCUGCGAACCGUGGCUGAAGAGGAAGCGGCGUGACGACGGGAUGCGGGAUCACAUGACGGGCUGUGCCCGCAGCGAGGGCUACUACAAGAUCGACAAGAAGGACAAGCUCAAAUACCUCAACAGCCUGCGCGUGCCGUCCGACGAGAAGCCCGCAGACACACAGGGGAUGAGUAUUCCGGCCCAGCCGCACGCCUCCACGCGGGCGGGGUCAGAGCGGAGGUCAGAACAGCGCCGCCUGCUGUCCUCCUUCAGCUGCGACAGCGACUUGCUGAAGUUCAACCAGCUGAAGUUCCGUAAGAAGAAGAUCCGAUUCUGCAAGAGCCACAUCCACGACUGGGGCCUGUUCGCCCUGGAGCCCAUCGCCGCUGACGAGAUGGUCAUCGAGUACGUGGGCCAGAACAUCCGGCAGGUGAUCGCCGACAUGCGGGAGAAGCGCUACGAGGACGAGGGCAUCGGGAGCAGCUACAUGUUCCGCGUCGAUCACGACACCAUCAUCGACGCCACCAAGUGCGGAAACUUCGCCCGCUUCAUCAACCACAGCUGCAACCCUAACUGCUAUGCCAAGGUGAUCACGGUGGAGUCUCAGAAGAAGAUCGUCAUCUACUCGCGCCAGCCCAUCAACGUCAACGAGGAGAUCACCUACGACUACAAGUUCCCCAUCGAGGACGAGAAGAUCCCCUGUCUGUGCGGGGCGGAGAACUGCAGGGGAACCCUGAACUAGCCCUGCCAAAAUGCACCUGUCCCACCACACUGUGCCUAAAGCGAGAAACCAAAAAUGAGAAACCCAAAGACGGGACGGUGUGUGUGCUGUGCUACGUGAGCCUGUCAGAACCCCUGGUCUUUGUGCUGUUUACCAUUUCAGCUGCUCAUUCGUUUACCCCCAUAUCCCUGCUCUGCGUACCCCAGUUAUCUACAUACCCCCACCAAGUGUACCCCAAAAACCCAGCAGCAGUAAUACCCUAACAACACUAGUCUCUUAACACACCCUGCCCCCUCGUCUCCCGGUCCGAUGAGCUAAAUAUCUUCCCACUCCAGGACAGUUUUCAGAAAUCUGUGUUCCUCCCCAAUUCUAGUAUGAGCUCAGAGUGGGUUUCUAUGGUGACACUGUUUGGCUGUAGUUGGAGAUGAUCUGGCCUUCAUCCUCCUGCUGUUCUUCCUUUUAGUUCCGAAAGGAGGGACUUUUGUGUGGGAGUUUUAAUCGUUGCUACACGACCUUGGAUCAAAUCUUUACAUUUAUGAACUUUCUUACCUCUGCCCGUAGGGGGCAGAUCCGCCUAGUACACGCACAGCUCUACCGCCAGACCAGUAUUCCAUACCCAGCUCAUACCCUCUUCAUGACUGCCACUACAUCCUGUCUCAGUUCUGUAUUCCUGUCCCAACAGUUUUAGCAUUAGCCCCAUACACAGUACCGUCUGCUACCAAGCUACGCUUUUCCCAAACCCAGCAGCACUGUACACAUAGCUCAAAGCUAAGGCUGGCUAAUGAAGGCUAAUGGAGGCUAAUGGAGGCUAACGGCUCAGAGAAAGGGAGGCCGGUGUAGACUCCCCUCUUGCAGGCCCUACGGCUGCAUUGUACACGGUGGGCAUGUGGGGGCAGCCGUAUUGAACGCACACUCCCACAGUCUAACAGGAGUGCGCUUGAGUUAUAUCCCUACCAAAUUUGCUGUGUGUGUGUGUGUGUGCGUGCGUGCGUGCGUGUGUGUGUGUGUACAUGUAUGCUUUUGUGUGUGUGCGUGUGUUUAAUCCUUUAAUGGUCUUCCACACUUUGGUGCUACACUUGUUAUGGCCCUCACAAAGAUGGACAGUGCUUUCUGCUGGAGCAGUGCAGGAUGCCCUCGUUGUAGCCCAUUGUGGGAUCCCAUACUGGCUAGGGCCCCCUUUUGCCUCCAGGAUAGCCUGAAUUGUUUGCAGCGAAGAUUCAACAAGGUGCCGGAAACAUUCCUCGGGGGUUUCGGUCCAUGCUGAUUCAGUAGCAUCACGCAGUUUCUGUAGAUUUUUUUGGCCGCGCAUUCAUGCUACAAACCUCCUGUUCCACCUCAUCCCAAAGGUGGCCUAUUUGAUUGAUAUCUGGGAACUAUGCUAGAAUGUUGUUUGUGGAACCAGCGUAAGAUGAUGUGUGCUUUGUGACAUGGCACAUUGUCCUGCUGGAACUAUCCAUUUGAAAAAUGGAUGCUCAGUUGGUGUCAAAGGGCCUGAUGUGUGCCAAGAAAACAUUCCCCACACUGUUACAUCUCCACCAGCGGCCUGCACCAUUGACACAUGGCAGAAUGGAUCAAUGGAUUCAUGCUGUUUAUUUCAAAUUCUGUCCGUACCAUCUGUAUGUUGCAACAUAAAUUGAGAAUCGUCAGAACAGUUAACAUUUUUCCAAUCUUCAGUCAGCCAUAUUUGGUGAUCAUAUGCCCAUUGUAGCCUCAUCCAGUUGUUAGCUGACUGGAGCUGAAGCCGAUGUGGUCUUUUGCUGCUGUAGCUCAUCUGCACGCCACCAUUGUGAACAGCUGUUAUUUGAGCAUGCGUGGCCUUUGUCUUCGCUUGAACGUGUCUGUCCAUUGUCCUCUGACCUCUCAGUAACAAGGUGCUUUCACCCACAGAACUGUCACGCGCUGGAUGUUUUGUUCAUAGCACAAUUCUCUGUAAACACUAGAGACUGUAGUGCUGUUUCUGAGAUGCUGGAACCACCACGCCUGGUACCAACAAUCAUACCACGGUCAACGUCGCUUAGAUUGCCCAUUCAAAAAUUUGGUUGAGCAAAAAAACUUAACGUCUCCACAAUGCCUGCAUGCUUUAUGUAUUGAGUUGCAGCCACGUGAUUCGCUGUUUUAGAAGAGCAGCCUAUUUGUGUUAACCAGCAGGUGUGCAUAAUAAAUUAAUAUCUCAAUGUGUACGGUAACCAAUGAUCACCGUAUCCCAUGUCUCAGUAUUGUAGGUAUCAGAGUAUCACGGUAAGAAAUGAUCUUGCAGUUCCUGGUAUUUGUUGCUAUUGUUCAAUUGUGAAUGCACUAGACUGGAGCUUUAGGCAGCACGCUUGCUCCCCGCUAGCCAAUCAAAACCUCGACAGCCAGACCACGCAUCGCAUCAUCCCCACUCGAGGGCCAAUCACAGGCCAGGGGGGGCUGCGUUUUUUUAACCCCAGUGCGUUUAUAUUGUUCAGGUUUUUAGCAGUGUUUUUCCUGAGAAGGGGGAAUUCUGAAAACGGCACAUUUCUUUUCAAGAAAGAUUGUUGAUGAAAAAAUCAGGGAAAUUUUGAAAACGUGGAAUAAACGUUAAUUUUAUCAGAAGCAGGUGUUUCUCUUUUGCAUAACACAGGCUCAGAUUUCCCUUCUAAAGAUUGUUUCUUGUAGAAACGUCUUCUUUUUUUUUUGGUCCCCUGCCAGUUCUUUUUAUAAUCCAAAGUUUGUAAAUGCAUUGUAUAACUGUGAAUAAAUAUAUUUUGUGUUGGGGAGGUUUGCUGCAGGAUGAUGGUGUAGACAGAGCUGGCGCUGGAAUUCUCAGCUUGUAUCAAGCUUUUGUUUUGCUGUAAAUUCUGUGAAAUAAAAUGUUUGCGGUGUGGAGAGAAGACGGCGUGUUCUGAAAUUGAGAUGGUGGCCGUGAGAAUUGGGAGGGGUGGUGUGCCCUCCCCCCCCCAUUUCUCAGGUCUAUUUAUUAUUACAAAAAUGUAAAAAAGCAAAUAAAAUAAAAUGUGGGAAAGAAAUAA